AUGGACCCACCGCCGUUCAAUUUCAAUACCGCCCCCAGUACAUCGGGCAAACCUCCAGCAGCUUCAAGCGCUUUUGGAGCCGCAGUCCCAAAAGUAGCAUUCGGGUCGUCUUUCGGAAAACCAUCAAUCCUCUCUCAAGCCGCGAAACGAGCAACAGAGGCGCCGACCGAACCGAAUGCUCCAGGAGUUGUACCUUCCAAAAAUUCAUUGGCGAGUCGGUUGACUGUGCUAGGAAAAAAUAAGGAAUCAAUUUUCAAAUCGCAAGGAGAUUCUGCUGAUCGCAAAGUUCCCGUUCUACAAGAGGGUCAAUUUGCUAUUCGACCAAGAACAAGGGAAGGAAAAUGGCCAGUGGGAUCCCUCGCAAACAGAAGACGAGCAGCCACUCCUGACGGAUCCGAAAAUAAGACCUCGAUAUUCAAAAAUCCUUCGGAUCCAAAACCAGCUGGAAACAUCGUGAAACCAAGUUUCUUCGGAAGACAGAACGUCGAUAAUAAGAGCGUUUUCGGAAGCGUGAAGCCUAUUGUAGACGACGAUUCACACGACGAGACUGAUCAUGCAACAAGUAAUGAGGCACCAACAACAAUGUUCGGGGUACCACUAGCUACUUCUUCCUCAAAAGGAUUCGGAACAAUGUCUUUCAAAACUGAUAAGGCUGGUGCAUCAUUUAAGCCCUUUGCUGAUCGUACGUGGAGACCUGCAAACAGACCGACUUCGGCUCCCGGAAAUCGACAAGGAAAAAUGGGACCAGAAGAAGCAAAACUGAUUCAAAGUCUAGUUUCCUUAAGAGGCCGGAAGUGCUUGGAGGAUUAUGACAAGUAUAUGCUGCUCGAUGAUAGAGAUAAAAUUCUGUGUCAGCUGAGAGAAGUCGACAGUCCAUCGAUUCAGAGACUUGAGCGAUGUGAAGAGAUGUGUACAGAGAAAGAACGAUAUCAGAGAAUAGUGCAGAAAGGAGUAUCUCCAUUUGAAUGUGAUAUUGAAACAGGAGACGUUUCCCACGAAAUGAUGGUCCUUGAUGAGUUCCCUGAGUCUCCAGAACAGCGGGCUGCUUGGUAUAAUUUUCUCUGGAACCGAACUCGUGCUCUCCGAAAAGAAGUAACACAACUAUCCCUCUCCGAUGCAUUGGCUCUGAAUCUAGUUGAACGGUGCACUCGUCUUCACAUUCUUUUCGGAUAUGUUCUUUGUGAUCUCGAAACAGAGCACUUCGACGCUGCGAUGAACAACGAAACGCUUGGAAAAUGUCUGCAAACUCUCCGCCAUUUCUAUGAAGACUUCGAGAAAAGAGGGAUUCCAUGUGUAAAUGAGGCAGAGUUCAGAUCUUACGAUGUGAUGCUUCAUAUGAACGAUACGAAUAUUCUAUCUCAAGUUCUCUCGUAUCGUAGCGAAGUUCGUCAAUCACAAUCAGUCCGACUCUCUCUUCAAUUGGCAUCUGCAUUCCGAGAUAAGAAUUACUACCGCUUCUUCCGUCUACUCCAAACACAAGCAUCAUAUCUACAAUGUUGUGUAGCUCACAAGCUCUUCACUGUUACCAGAACAAAUGCUAUCUCAAUAAUGGCAAAUGCUUAUGGACGAAACAGUUUUCCACUCGACAAACUUCAACGAACUCUCGGUUUUGAUAGUGUCAGCGAUUUGACUUCGGUAUUGAAUACAUACGGAUUGAGAACGGAAGGAAGUGAUUACGUGGUGCUAUCAAGAGAUGAUUUAACUCUGAAUGAAACUGUUCCUAUCACUACAUAUCAAUGGAUCGAUCAGAAAACUUCAGAAAAGUUGAGUUCUGUUGUUUAUGGACCUGGACUAUUCCAAUUCAUUGCUUCUCGUUGUGACGUGUCGAAUUCUUUCAAUCAUCAUCACGAAUAUGUUCAUGAUAAAGUAUUAGAUUCCGUGCUCAGCGGAUCUGACAUUCCACCAGUGAACAACUCCUCGAUUUCCUCAUUUUCCCAGUCGGGUGGAUCACUUUCUAUGCAAGCGACAAUUGAACAGCGAAAGAAAGCUGAAGAAGAAAGAUUAAGGAAAGUUGCGGAGGCUCAGCGGCACCAAUUGGUUGAAAAACUGAUGACGAGAGUCAUCGAUCAGGUCACUGCGGGAAUAGUUGAUGAGGAGAUUCGGAAGGCGAGGAUACUUCGAAAACAAAUGAUUGCAUUCGAAAACGCAAGAAAACUAAAAGAAGAACAAGAGCGAUUGAUAAAGGAAAUGGAGUUGAAAAGAAAGGAAAAGGAGAAAGAAGUAGCAAGAAAUCUAGCAAUGAAGAUAGCAAAAGAGGCAGCCGACAAGGAAUUGAGGCGGAUUACGGUAGACGAAAUGAAGAAAGAACGAAGGGAAAGAGAACGAAAACUGGCACAGCACAUCGUUAAUAAAUUCUGGAAAGAAGUGUUGAGGAGUGUCGAUUGUCAUGUGAAGACAAUCUGUGUGGAGAUGGUUAACGAGAAAGAAGAGAUUCUGGACCGUCUAGCAGUCAUCAGUGACAGACUAUCAAAACAAUGGUUACUGCAGUUUUGGAAUAGGUGGAGAGAAUGGGUUCAAAUUAAGAAGAUGAUGAGAAGAUGUGUUCCGAGAUGGGAAUCAGAAGACUACGCAAACAAUCUAGUCAAGAAAUACGGAGGAAAAAGUCAAACGACUUCUCCCGUUUUCCCAAUUUUAGACCGUCCAACCAACCAUAUUCAGCUGAAAAUAUUCAAAAAGAAUCGUCAGAAUCGGAUCGUUCGCGAUGCAUUCGGAAAAUGGAGAGCGAGAGCUCACAAGAUGAGUGUGCUGAAAAAGCAGGCGAAGGAUCGUCAGAAAAGGGAGAACGAGUUUUAUAAACGCUUUGAGAAGAGUGCGAAGAUUGAAACACGAUUCAAGUUUGAUGCUCCUGAUGAUUGGAUGAAAACAAAACGGAGGAGCAGUGAGACAUUCCAAGAGAAGAAACCAACACCAGAUUUUCACAACGGGUCUUUCCAAGAUCUGGAUACUUCGCUUUAUGUUGCUCGUCGACAUUUAGAGGAAUGGGAACCUGUAUCAGAAAUUCCUGAUGACCUUAAAGAAAAGCUGAAAAGAAGAAGAGACUCUUUUGAUAGAAUAUGUGAAGAGCAUAUUUUGAAAAAGAAGAAAGAGGAAGCAUUGCUAUGUGAUGAAGCCAAAAAGAACAAUCUUCACAUUGAAAAAGUAACAAAAGAAGCAGAUACACUUCUUGACGAAACACUUCGAUACACCGCUGAACUUGAUCGAAUGAUGGCAGAUAUCAAAUCAAGACGUGUCGAUGACUUGUAG